GUGCUUGUCUACCGCUCUCUGCUCAUCAGGGCGCCAACUCGUCCGCAAAGGAUCUCUUCUCACCCGCCAACUAGCCUUACUCGCCCGCCCACGCUCAUCGUACCCUCUCGACGCCGUCCCCGUUCGCUCACACAUCCGUUUCUUUCAACUGCGCGCUUGGCUCUAUGCGCUCAGCCAUUCGCAACCUCUAUGCGCUCAGCCCUUCGCUGCCUCCUUUGACGCAUGAGUGCCUCUCAUCGCGCGUCGCCGGCCCGCCCUUCAUCUCCUCCAUCUCCCUCAUCUCCCACCUCUCCCCCAUCCCUCCCCCUCUCCCCUCCCACCUCCCCUCCCUCAGUCCCUCCCCACCUCCCUCCCUCUCGCCCUCUCCCACCUCCCCCUUCCCUCCCUCUCGCCCUCUCCCACCUCCCCCUUCCCUCCCUCCUUCUCCCUCACAGAUCACUGCUGCAUUCAUGGAGGAGGCGGUACGGGAGUGGCGGACGCGUCAGUUGCGCGCGCGAUGAAGGGCGCGGUCCAGCGAUUAGGGAAGACGCCCAGGGCGCGACGGGUGCGCGCUAGCCGACAUGGGCUGGGAGAGGUCUGUCCCUAGGAAUAUCAAGAUAUACCCUAUGACUAUAGGGGGGAGUAUUACAAUAUACCCUAUCGUUACUGGUCAG